AAUUAAGUUUCCACAGAAAGAAGUGGUGGAAUUUUAUACAACGCGGGAAAUAUCGUACGGCACUAAUUUCUUUUUGAUAUGCCAUGAAUAUUUCUUGGCACUUUGUCGUAGUUUUAAAAUGUAUUAUAUGUAAUUUGGAGAAAUGAAUGAACAAACUAAGAUUUAUGAGAGAAAUCAUGUUAGUCCAAAAUAAACAAACUUAUUUUUCCUGACAUGUGUAUCUCGCACCAGAUAUGUUUUCUAUUCAAAAUGUAUUAUAGUGUUUAUAUCGUGUGCAUGGACUAAAUACUUUGCUUAAUCUAAACAUUCCAGCAGGUUCAGUCCUGAAAGUGUAGCAUCUCCCAGGAUGUCAGUUUUUGGAAUAUAUUUGAGUCCAACUUGUAUUGGGAAUUUUCAUGUGGAAAAUGAAAUUUCUUAAAUGAGUUCAUGCCUACUCACCCAUCAGAAAAAAAACCUCACCUAUUUGAGGUAGGUAAAAGUCAUUUACAUGGAAGCCACAAUAAAACUUACAUAUCCUUUUUAAUGCAGGAUAACAUGUAAUUACAAUGUGAGGUAUGGAACUAAUCAUUUGCAAAUAACUCUAUUUUCAAAGUCCAUAUGCUUAUUCAGACAAAAGUGUAUGCAGUGUGUAUCAAGUCAUUUAGACUAAAGCAUUAUUUAAACAAUCGUACUUGUUUUGACACAGGAAAGAAACUUUGUGUAUGAUGUAUACAGCAAGUCAGUUAGACUGUAUGGUUCUUUAGACAAGCAUCAGCCUGUACAUACAGGAGAAAAAGUGUGUAUAUAUGGUACGUAAGUAUUCAUUUCGACGAAAGAGCACCUUAAACAUGAAUAUGUGUAUACAUACAGGAAAGAAACCUUAUGUGUGUGUGAUAUGUAAUAAGUCAUUUGCCCUAAAAGGUAGUUUAAACAACCAUAUGCUUCUUCACACAGGAGAGAAACCUCAUGUGUGUGAGGUAUGUAACAAAUCAUAUGCUCAAAGACAUACUUUAAACAAGCAUAUGUUUCAUCACACAGGAGAAAAACCUCAUGUGUGUGAGGUAUGUAACAAGUCAUUUGCUCGAAAAGGUGAUUUAAACAAGCAUAUGCUUCUUCACACAGGAGAGAGACCUCAUGUGUGUGAGGUAUGUAACAAGUCAUUUGUUCAAAAAGGUGAUUUAAACAAGCAUAUGCUUCUUCACACAGGAGAGAGACCUCAUGUGUGUGAGGUAUGUAACAAAUCAUUUGCGCAAAAAUGUACGUUAGAAAACCAUAUCAUUCUUCACACAGAAGGAAAACCUUAUGUGUGUGAGGUAUGUGAGAACUCAUUUGCUCGUAAAGGUGCUUUAAACAGACAUAUACUUAUUCACACAGGAGAGAAACCUCAUUUCUGUGAUGUAUGCAAUAAAUCAUUUACUCAAAAAAUUCAUUUAAAGCAGCAUCUGCUUCUUCACACAGGAGAGAGACCUCAUGUGUGUGAUGUAUGUAACAAGUCAUUUACUCAAAAAGCUACUUUAAAAGAACAUAUACUUAUUCACACACCAGAGAAAAUUCAUGUGUGUGAGGUAUGUACUAAGUCAUUUACACUAAAAUCUAAUUUACGGAAGCAUAUACUUAUUCAUACAGGACACAAACCUCAUGUGUGUGAGGUAUGUAAUAAAUCAUUUGUUCAAAAAAGUGUAUUAAAGCAACAUUUGCUUCUUCACACAGGAGAGAAACCUCAUGUGUGCGAGGUAUGUAAUAAAUCAUUUGUUCAAAAAUGUGCAUUAAAGCAACAUUUGCUUCUUCACACAGGAGAGAAACCGCAUGUGUGUGAGGUAUGUAACAAGUCAUUUGCUCAUAAGAAUCAACAACCAUACGCUUCUUCACACAAAAGAGAAACCUUAUGUGUAUGAUGUAUGUAAUAAGUGAUUUACUCAAAAUUCUAGUUUAAAAUAGCAUCUACUUAUUUACACCAGAGAGGAGUUCCAUAAGGUACAUGUGUAACAGAUCACUUGGGUUAUAGAAAAAUUGAGACUCGCGUCUACGCAUAAUAAGAAGGCUAAUGUUUUUUGUGGAAAAGUUAGAUUAAUAAGGGCCUUUGCUUAUGUGUGCAAUACAGACCUGACUAUGCUAUAAAGAAAUGUUUUUCUAUGUGAUGUGUUCAACUUGUCAUUUCUUAAUAAACCAUUUAUUUGUUUCCACAAGAGAAAACCUGAUGUUUUGGAGAUAAGCCGCAAGUCACCUUAAAGCAGUGGUCGGGGAACUUUUUUAAUCAUUACCCCAAAAUAUUUUUGUGUAAGUUGAUAUUAGCCCAUGGCGGAAGAGCAAAAAAAAAAACGAAAUUGCCUUUUUUUAGCAUCUUUCAUAUUAUAGACCCUCAUGAUAAUUUUGAAAAGAAAACAAUAACUAAAAAUUUAAUUUAAACAUCAUUUAUUCAAUUUAUCAAUGUAAUAUCUAGU